AUGGCUUGCGCCGCCCAUGUGGAAAUGGCCUCAAAAUUUGAAGAAGAAGUUGAUGGUAAUUCCUAUCCUGUGGCCGUGGUGGAACAUGGAGAUUUUACCGGUGUGCGACCACGCAGAGCUAUCUUGAAAUUGGCUGCCUUGGGUGCCCUAGCUGGUGGUGCGGCAUUAGUUGGCGGUGCAGCAUUGGCUGGUGGUGCUGCUUUGGCUGGUGGGGCUGCAUUGGGUGCUACUGCCAUAGGAGCUGGAGUUGCUGGAGCCGCCAUUGGGUCAUUGGGAGCAAUUGGUAGUCGUGGUUUCAUUGGUGGAUAUGGCGGCUAUGGUGGUGGUUAUGGAGGUUAUGGAGGAGGCUAUGGUGGUGGUUACGGUGGUGGUUACGGUGGAGGCUACGGUGGUGGUUACGGUGGUGGUUACGGUGGCAGCUAUUCCGCUAGUUAUUCUGGAUCCUAUUCUGGUGUUUAUGGCGGUUAUGGAGGAGGUGGCUACGGCUGGGGUGGUAAUGGAGGUUGGGGCGGCAAUGGAGGCUAUUGGAGAUAA